CCGAUGCCGCCGUGACUCAGCGCUUCUCGCGGGCCGCCCGGCCGCGGCGGCGGUGGCGGCUAGGCGCGGGCUCCUCCCGCCUCGCCACCCCCUCUCGCCACCCACGCCCGCCCCCGGCCGCGGGGCCUUCCCUCGCGCGGCCGCCGCCCGCCGCACUCCGCGCCCGCCCCGCCACCGUGCCGGCCAUGGAGCCCCGAGCCCCCCGCCGCCGCCACACCCACCAGCGCGGCUACCUGCUGACGCGGGACCCGCAUCUCAACAAGCACCUUCAGUGGCUGUGUUUGCAUAUGGAUUCUAACAGAAACCCCUCGUGUAGCGGUUUGCUUCAGAUCUCUGCAGAAGAGGCGUGUUUUCUCCGGAAGCUCUGUGGAUCCACAAGAAGCGUUGUUUUGUUGGCUGCCCUUUGCAGUGAAACAGAAUAGCCUUCUAUUGUCCAGUGGUUGAGUGCAAGAGUCUUGGAGGCCAAAGGAAAAGAGAGAGAGAGAGAAACUCAGAUUGGUCUUCUGAGAGGGUGAACUUUACAGGCGGUCUGGAAACCUGAUCUGCGUAUGGAGUUAACCUUGUCAACUCCAUGACAAACUUGACAGAAGUCCAGUGCAAGUUAGACCCUGCAUGUGCGCUCCGGAGCCCUCGUUUGUUGUGCAGGCCAUGCAGGAAAGCACGAAUGGACAACUUUUUUGAAACACUUCACUGCCAGCUUCUGGAUGUGGCUGACUUAUCAGUUUCUGUGAAAUUGUCCUGAAACGAUGCCUCUAGUGAUAUGGAUUUGGCAUUUACUCUGGAAGAGAGACAGCAACUAAACAUCCAUGGAUUGUUACCGCCUUGCUUCGUCAGUCAGGAGAUCCAGGUCCUUAGGGUAGUUAAGAAUUUUGAGCGUCUGAACUCUGACUUUGACAGGUAUCUUCUGUUGAUGGAUCUGCAAGAUAGAAAUGAGAAGCUCUUUUAUAGUGUGCUGAUGUCUGAUAUUGAAAAAUUCAUGCCUAUCGUUUAUACUCCUACUGUGGGUCUCGCAUGCCAGCAAUACAGCUUGACAUUUCGGAAACCGAGGGGCCUAUUUAUUAGUAUCCACGACAAAGGGCAUAUUGCUUCAGUCCUCAAUGCGUGGCCAGAAGAGGUUGUCAAGGCCAUUGUGGUGACGGACGGAGAGCGUAUUCUAGGCUUAGGAGACCUGGGUUGUAAUGGGAUGGGCAUCCCUGUGGGGAAACUGGCCCUGUACACAGCCUGUGGAGGGGUGAAUCCACAGCAGUGCUUACCUGUCAUGUUGGAUGUGGGAACAGAAAAUGAGGAGUUACUUAAAGACCCGUUGUACAUCGGGCUGCGGCAGAGGAGAAGGAGAGGUCCUGAGUAUGACGAGUUUUUGGAUGAAUUCAUGGAGGCAGUUUCUUCCAAAUAUGGGAUGAAUUGCCUUAUUCAGUUCGAGGAUUUUGCCAAUCUGAAUGCAUUUCGUCUCCUGAACAAGUAUCGAAACAAGUAUUGCACAUUUAAUGAUGAUAUUCAAGGAACAGCGUCUGUUGCGGUUGCGGGUCUCCUUGCAGCUCUUCGAAUAACCAAGAACAAGCUCUCUGAUCAGACAGUGCUGUUCCAGGGAGCUGGAGAGGCUGCCUUGGGGAUUGCUCACCUGAUUGUUAUGGCCAUGGAGAAAGAAGGUUUAUCGAAGGAGAAAGCUAUAAAGAAGAUCUGGUUGGUUGACUCAAAGGGGUUGGUAGUUAAGGGACGUGCUUCUCUCACAGAAGAGAAAGAGGUGUUUGCCCAUGAACAUGAAGAAAUGAAGAGUCUAGAAGCCAUUGUUCAAAAGAUAAAACCAACUGCCCUAAUAGGAGUUGCUGCAAUUGGUGGUGCUUUCACAGAACAAAUUCUCAAAGAUAUGGCUGCCUUCAACGAACGACCCAUCAUUUUUGCUUUGAGUAAUCCAACCAGCAAAGCAGAGUGUUCUGCAGAGCAGUGCUAUAGAGCGACCAAGGGGCGUGCGAUCUUUGCCAGUGGCAGCCCUUUUGACCCAGUCACUCUUCCAGAUGGACAGACUCUCUUCCCUGGCCAAGGCAACAAUUCCUACGUGUUCCCUGGAGUCGCUCUUGGGGUUGUGGCCUGUGGGCUGAGACACAUCACGGACAAGGUCUUCCUCACCACUGCCGAGGUCAUAUCUCAACAGGUGUCAGAUAAACACCUAGAAGAGGGCCGGCUCUACCCCCCUCUGAGUACAAUUCGAGAUGUCUCAUUGAAAAUUGCAGUGAAGAUUGUGACAGAUGCAUACAGAGAAAGGAUGGCCACUGUUUAUCCUGAACCCCAAAACAAGGAAGAAUUUGUCUGCUCCCACAUGUACAGCACCGAUUAUGACCAGAUCCUACCUGAUUGUUAUCCUUGGCCUGAAGAAGUCCAGAAAGUCCAGACCAAAGUCAGUCAGUGACUACAGCAGCUAGAAUUUCUACCCUCGCUGAUAAGACCCUGAAGUUUUCAUAGUUUCUAAGGUUGGAAUCUUUAUGAUGAUUCACAGUGUACUUAGAAUAAGGUGAUUUAGAUUAACAGUCAGACCCGUGGACGUCUAUUAAACUAGGAUAAACCUCACAGUGCAGUUUUCUUUUACUUACUGAUUAUUUAUGUUUUCCGUUUUAAUUAUUCUCUUUACAAAUUCUGUUCAAAAGCUAUUGUACCUGCUGCUGAGAAACUCGUCGCUGAUAACGUAGGAAGCCAAUGGAAGACCCAAAUUAGUAAUCAAGUAACAUCGUGGAACUUGAUCACAUCAAUGCCUACAGUUCUUUCUUGACCAUUUUGUUAAAAUCUUUUAAAAAGUAAACACAAGCUUAGGCAUAGCUGAACUUUUACUAAACAGAAACACUACUUGGCUGCCUAGAGAAAGUUCUCAGGACUUUUAUUCCCGGCCUCCGUUAGCCGUGUUCUUUUUGCACAACUGAACUCUUUCACUCCUCCAGGGAAGCUAAUGCUGUUUACAGUGCCUGUGCAGCCUUAGAUCUCAACAGUCUUCUGCUACUGUUACAUCCCAGAGAGUAAAGCUCUCAUCGCUUUGGUUUUGAGCCCAAGGCCCUCCACAAAAGCUCUUUUCCUCAUCUCUGACCAAACACUUUGCCCAGCUCCUGGCCCUGCUGAGAGACUGGGAUGUUUUGUUAGUGUGGCCUAGACAGUGAGAAAGACCACAAGGAGAAUCCUUGCGAAGAAGCUCUGAGGAGGCCUGCUCAGAGACAAGGGUGUCAGAAGCAAGACCAUGGUUCCCAGAUAAGCUAGGGAUCCAUAAGAGUCGCCUGCCCUAAUGUCCCUCUGGUUAGCUCAGGUGACUGAGAACUCACAGUGUGAGUGGCUACAUCUCCUAUGUCUAACUCUCUAUCAGAUACCAAAAUACGUUAAUUUCUAAACCAUCCGGUGAGGGAGAAUAACCAUGUCCCAGGCUGUGUUAAUUUACUGGAAAAAUUGAUGAUGGAUCCUAGCUCAGGUUUAAGAACAUUCUGCAUAUCCAGAAACACUUCUGGUUUUGAAGUGAUGCUGUAAAGCCUGCAUGGUGUUUCAGACGGCCCCUCUGUAAAGUGAGCUCCUCGAAGGUGAAGGCUACCCAGAUUCUUUCAAAUGUGAGGUAAAAGAGUGGAGAGUUUCUAAUGGCAACUUUUGGUUAAGAGUUUCCUCCGUGUGUUUGGGAAAGAUUCAGAAUUCCUAUCAAUUUCUUGUCUUUUUCCGUGUUGUCAAAUAGUUUUAACUGAAUGUAUUUACUUAUGCAAAAGAUUUAUUAAAGCAUAGAAAAC